AUGCGUGAAGACCUUGUUCGCACCAUUGUUGCAGAUGAGCAGGCAGAUCGUAUCCUGGCUAUCUCGUUUGCUAAUCCGAAACCACUAGACACUCUGUUUUGGCAUCACAAGAGUACAGGGACUUACACUAUCAAAAGUGGGUAUAAGCUACUCUUCCGUUAUAAGUUACAAAAAAGAGGAGCUUACAAUACCCAACUUCCUAACACUACUAAGUUGUUUUACAUAGAGAUGUGGGCACUACCUAUUCUUAGCAAAGUGAAAAUACAUCUACGGAAAUCCUACAACUUUCUUCCUACUUUUGAAAGCCUACACAAAUGUAACAUGCAGACUACAAAUUUAUGCCUUUUAUGCCAAGAGGUUGGGGAGACUAUUGACCAUUUGCUGCAUUUCUGCUCUGUCACUCGUCAAACUCUGACUGUGUUGAAGGCUAACCUACUCCCUGUGUGGGAUUAUUCAAACUACAAAGAUUGGUUAGUAGAGUCGUUUCUUGCCACAACUACUGCCAAUCGAAAAUUGGUGGUUGUUACUUACUAG